AUGCCGCGCUGUUUGAUGGCAAAGAAAUGGAAGGCCUACCCAUGGCCGGAUCGAGCAGAAGAACAACCGGUGGAGGACCAUAACCUCGACACGACGCCCUCCCCAACUGGCAGCAGCAGCAGCAGCAGUACCACGAGUACUAGCAGCUCACAUACGGUCACCGCCACCUCGACGGAGCGAAGCAGCAGUACCGAAAGUGUCAGUGAGGCCACUUCUGCGAGUGGUUCGACGAAUGCGCCUGAAUGUAGUCAACCCGCGGUACCGCUGACGGGAGCCAGCGAGAUCGUUGAGGAGGACGAAGAAAUUGACGUCGUGGGAGAUUCACCGGCCGCGGCUACGGCCACAGCGGCCAGCAGCAAAUCCACCGGCAGUACGGUGGCCACCUGUUGGGGUCCAUCCUCACCGACCGCGGGUGCAACGGCACCAAGUCCACCGCCUCACUCGCCGGAAGCAGCAACACGCGAAUCAACUAUCCUCUACAAUGGCUACGGUCAGGACAUUUCGCAUCACUUUACCGCCUACCUGCCGAAGCUGGAUCCUGAUGCGUCUGGCUACCAACAGCAGCAGCAGCAGCAGCAGCAACAACAACAGCAAGCCUCGCCUCAACAGCAGCAGCAGCAGCAGUUCAUCGCUCUAGCACCGGUGUGUGCGACGCCCACAACAACCUCAUCUGCAUCGCCGAGUGCCGGAGCUGAAAGCCCACAGCGGUCACCGUCUCAGAAGAAAUCGCUGGCCAUGUGUUUCACCAGCACCGGGACGGCUUUAUCGUUGCCGCCGAAGAAAAAGGACAUCUACCGGCCAUACUCACUCGACGAUAGGCCACCCAGGCCUAGCUACGAGCUGAGGAUCCCGGCUGAAGAGGACCUACACGCGGCACAUGCCAUCCUGGACCUGAGUGCCUCGACGGCUUUCCUACCUCCACCGGCACCGCAUCAACUGCUUGCCCAACCACAACCUCCCUCUCCAUCACAGCAGCUCGCGCCAAGCCCAACAUCUGUCGUGCUCGUUCCGGCCAAAUCCUCCGCCAGUGACGUGGUGGAUCGCCGACCAGCGCCUUUGCAGACGCACCUUGCGACACAUCAGCAUCACCUGCAACAGGCAACGACGACAACGACUACGACAGUGGCUGCAUCUCCACAGACAGUACCUCAUGCGCUUGGUUCGCCAGAGCAAAACGAGAACUGCAACAACACGAACACGUUGCCCGGGUAUGCGGGUGCGCAUGAUACUAGCAGGGAUUCGUCCUCGGACGAGAUGCAGCAACCGGCUGAGUCGGAUGACUCCGAGAGCAACAGCGGCUCGAAAACGGUCGCUUACACCUACGAGGCGUUCUUCGUCAGCGACGGACGGUCGAAGAAGAAGCUGGCUGAUCCGAAAACGACGCUCGAGAACAAGGCGAAGUACACGUGCACGGAGUGUGGCAAGCAGUACGCCACCUCGAGCAACCUGUCGCGUCAUAAGCAAACGCAUCGGAGUCUCGAUUCUCAGUCGGCUAAAAAGUGUCACACCUGCGGUAAAGCGUACGUCUCGAUGCCGGCGUUGGCGAUGCACGUGCUCACGCAUAAGCUGUCGCACAGUUGCGGUGUCUGUGGGAAGUUGUUUUCGCGACCAUGGCUCUUGCAGGGCCACUUGCGAUCGCAUACGGGUGAAAAACCGUACGGAUGUGCUCACUGCGGCAAGGCGUUUGCGGAUCGAUCGAACCUCCGGGCGCACAUGCAAACGCACUCGAUCGACAAGAACUACCAGUGCGGUCGGUGCCACAAAACGUUCGCUCUCAAGUCGUACCUCAACAAGCACCUGGAAUCGGCCUGCUUCAAGGAGGAUGGUGCGCCUCAGUCACCCCAGAUGUCGCCACUAUCGCCCGACUCGCUCGAUGGAUCGUCAAUGGAUGAGCUGCGAUCGACGCCACUGCCCGAUCGGCGGCCUGGGAUCGCUCUGAAGCGCGAGAAAAAUGUCGACAUCGAGGGUGAUGAGUCGGACGACGCCAUGCCCUGUCCGUCACCCUUAGCGACAGCGCCUCACCUCACUGUAAGCCCCGGUCCUGCUACCGGCGGAACGGGCAGUAUCUUUGUGAUGAAAAAUCUGGCCACUCCUGGAGCGGCUGCCGCAGCUGCUGCGGCGGCUGCAGCAGCAGCAGCCGUACUCGGUCCAGCAGCGAUCCUCACCGCAACAGGCCAUCAGCACCACCACAGCCAUAGCCACCAACAGCAGCACCAUCAGCAGCAUCACCUGCAUCAGCACGCGCAUCCUGCGUCGGCGGCAGCAGCGGCAGCUGCGGCUGCGGCGGCUGCUGCCGUGCAAAUAAACGUUAACUUUGCCGGGUAA